AUGGAAUAAUUGCAGGAAGGAGAUUAUGUGACAAUAUUAAAGGAUCCUAUAAGAAAUGAAAAAGGAUACAUCAAAUAUAUAGGAGAAUUAGAGGGCAGAUCAGGCACAUACUAUGGUAUUCAGUUGGAAGUAAUUUAAAUUAAUUAAAUAUACAGAAUAAACUUGGGUCUCAUAAUGGUACACUAUAAGGGAAGGAAUAUUUUACUUGUCCUGAUGGUUUUGGUUUAUUCAUAACAGGAAAUCAUUUAAAAAAGACAAUAAUUACAAGGGAUGUAAAUAAGUAAAAUAAUGAUUGAUAUUUCAGAAAAUCUACAAAAGUAACAAAAGAUGAGCCUAAAUAAUAAAAGUUAAAGACAAGUGCUAGUACAGCUGCAGUUGUUUAAAAGUCAUAGCCUCAAUCAUAAGCUUAAUAUGGUAGUAAUUAAACUACAAAACAAACAACUCUUAAAAGAAAUGAAUCAAAAAAAGAAACAAUAGUAAAAAGACAUGUUGAAGAAUAAAUUGAGGAGAGAUUAUCAACAUUAGAAGCUGAAGAAAUAUAAGAAGUAUAAAAUAAAGAAUACAAUAUUUUAGCCACAAUAACUAAUUAAGCAAUAAUCAGAACCUGAACCUUAGUUUUUAGAUCAUUAACAAGAAUUAGAUAGUGUUAAAUAAUAAUAUCAUGCAUUAAAAAUAGUUGCAAAUGAUUAUAAGUUAGAAAAUAAAUCAUUAAAAAAGAAAGUAGAAUAAUUAGAAUAAGAAUUAACAGAGUAAUUAGAAGAUUUAGAUUCUUAUGAAAAAUUAAUUAUGGAAUGUGAAUAAUUAAAAUCUGAUAAGGAUAUUCUAAAUUUAAAAUUAUAGGAAUUUGAAGCUUCAAAUUAAUAAUUAUAAUAAUAAGUAAGUUAAUUGCAAUUUGAAAAAGAAUUAGCAGAUUUAGAAAUUGAAGAAGCAUUGGUUACUUGUGGAGCUAAUCUUUAAGUUGGUAAUUAAGAUUCAAGUGAAGUUGUACUUAAAAAUACAUAAUUGCAAAAAGCAUUGGCUUAAUUAAAAUAAGAAUAUGAUGAUUAUAAACAAUAAAAAAUAACUGAAAUUUAAUAAUACUAAAUUAGAUUAGAAGCAAUUCCUUAAUUAAAUGAAAAAGCAAUGAAAUGUGUUAAAUUAGAAAGUUAAGUAAAAAAGUUGACUGAAGAGAAUUAAGAAUUGUGUUAAAGAGUAGAUGAAAGUUAAGCAUUAUAAGAGAUGAUUGAGAAAAUGACAGAAACAUUAAUGAAGAAAGAUGAUUUUAUUGAAGAAUUAAGAAAUUAAAUAAAAACAAUUAAUGAAGAGAAAAAAUUAGAUUAAGAAUUAAUCUAAACUUUAUUGGAUGAAAGUAAUUCUUUAGAAAAAUAAAUAAAUGAUAUGUAAUUUAAAUUAGAUUAAGCUAAUGCUUAGAUUAAUAAUAAUUCAAAUGAUUUGUAAGAAAAGGAUUAAUAAAUACAAAGACUAAAAGUUAAAGUUGCUUAAUUAAAUAAAUAAGUUGAUUAAUCAAGAUUAGAAGAAGAUAAUACUUAAAAUGAACAUACAAAAAAGACAUUUUUAGAUGAAAUAAAUCUUAAGAAUUAAGAAUUAUUAUUAUAAUAAAGAGAUACUUAUAAAAAGUAUAUGAAAGUAGCAUUAAAUAAUAUUGAAAUAAGAAAUCAAAUAGCAUUAAAAGGAAUUAUUAUUUAUAAAUCAUUACCAUAAGAUUAUUGUACAAAACUAAAGUUCAAUUUAUUAGAACCAGUUAUUUUGGUUAGAAAAUUAAGUGAAAAAUCAAUAUUAGUAGCUGAUGAAUUUUUAACUUAAUUAGAAAAUUAAAGUGAUAAAUUUAUUAAAGAGGAAUUAUAAGAUUUAGGAUUUUGGAUGUUAAAUGCACAUAAAUCUCUUUAUUAAUUAAGUGAUUUGUGUAAUAUAUUCACAAUAUACCUAUAAAAUUAAACAGAUAGAGAAUCUUUAGAGAAAGUUGCUAGAAAUGGAAUUCUAUUAAAUUAAUUUAAAAUUGCAGAUACUUUGGUUGAUAUGAUAAUAUAAUGUGUGCAAAAUGAAAAAAUCAGUACAUAGCUAUCUUUAUCAGAAUUAUAAUUUGCAAUUUAAAGAAUUAAUGAUGAUUUAAGCAAUCUUGAAAUUCAAGAAGGGGCAGUAAUUGAAUCCUUAUUAAAUCAAAUUAUAUUUAAAUAUAGCUAUUCAAUCUUUAAUUUUAAAGUCAUUAUCAACUAAUCAACAGCUACUACUUUACAAAAGAUAACUGUUGAUUAAUUGAUUGAUACCUUAAUAUAAAGAUGUAAGGAACUAUCAAAAUAAUUACGUUAUGGAAGAUAAUGUUGGGGAGGAUAUUUUAAUAGAAAAAAUGAGAAAUUCUCAGAAUUAAUAAAUUAUUUAUAACAAUUAUUACAAUAAGAUUUGAAUAAGUUAGAAUUAGAUUAGUAUUAAUCAUAUAUAUCUUGUUAAGGAGAAUCUGUUUCAUAGCCAUAUAGAGAUAGAUGUGUGUCUAUUGUUCAUUUAUUGAAUUAAAUAAAUCAAUAAUUUGAAGAGUAAAAUAUUAAUGAAGAAUUUUUAUCAAAUAAACCAACUUUACAUUCAUAUGCAUAAACUUCACUUUGGUCAUAAUGGUAAAAAGAAUUAAAGUCUUAAUUAUCUGAUAUUUCUUAUACUAUAGAAUCUGAAAAAAGAUUGAAAGAUGAUUUACAAAAAUUAUAAUCUGAGAAAUCUCAAAUAUAUUCUGAUUGUGUAGCAUUACGUAAAAAUAAGGAAGCAUUAGAAAAUAGAGUUGUUGAUUUAUAAAUUAAGGCUGAUAGAGUUUAAGUUCUUGAAAAUGAAAAACAAAGGCAUUAAGAGAAAAUUAAAGGGUUUAAUGAAGCUUCAGAGUUGACUAGAAAGGAAAUUGAUAAUUUAGAAAAUAAAUUGAAGGAAAGUGAAGAAAUUAGGAAAUAAUUAGAGGAAUAAGUUACAUUAUACUAAUAAUCAUAACCAAAAAAUUCUUUCUUAGAUUAACUUUAAGGUAGAAAUUUUAGAAAGAGUGGAACGAUGUUAAUCUAAUCAUCUAAUAAUUUAGAUUCAGAGAGCAAUUUUAAUCCAUUUUAAGAAUUUACUAUAAAUAAAGGAAUUGAAGCUGUAUUGUUAAAAGAAAAUCAAUAAUUAAAAUUAUAUAAGAUGAGAGAAGAUAUACUAUCAAUAACAACAUCCAACCAAAAACCAUAGAUAGAAGAAAAAUUGUUAUAAAUAAGAAAAUUAAAAAUGAAAUAAUUAAAAAGUAUGGUUUUGAAUGAAAAGUUUGAUGCUAGAAAUUAAGCAGCAAAAUUCUAUGUUAAGUAAAGUGGAAUGAAACUUACAAAUACAGUCUUGAUGGAUACUUUGUAGGCUAUUAUAGCAGUUUGAA